AUGGACGAAUCCAUAGCCCGAAUAGUCACAGAGCUCGAAGACCUCCGCCACCUCGAAAACCCCGCCAACACCCAAACCCAACCCAUCUCCGAUUCCACUCUCUCCGAUCUCCAAACCCUCCUCGACGCCGCCGCCGACGAAAAUGACCCCGAAAACCCCAUGGACCGCUUCUCCGACGAGCUCGCCUCCAAGUCCCUCUCCCUCACCAGCCUCGUCCGCCCGAUCUCCGCCGCCAUGGACUCCGGCCCGGCCCAUUUCACCCUCGCCGCCUCCAAGCUCUACCUCUCCCUCCUCCUCUCCCCCAAUUCCCCCGUCUGCACUCUCUUCACUCCCAUGGCGUUCUUCUCUCUCCUCCAGUCGAUUCGCCGCUCGCUGAAGCACCGCCGCGCCGAGCCGGGCGAGCCGGGCUCUGGGUCCGGUGGCGCCAAGAAGCGAAAGGCGCGUGGCAAAGGUAAGGGUUUGAGGAACAGCGAGGAUUGUGAGAGCGAAGAGAGAGAGUUUGAUGUUAGGGUUUUGUUUUCGGUGCUUGAGAAAUUGGAAUUGGUGAUGGAUUUUGUUCAUUUGGAGCGGUUUCCGGAUAGCUUGAAGUCGCUGGUUCAAACCGUGGCGGAGAUUCCAGGGAUGGGGUUUGAUGUGUGCGGCAAUUCUGGUAGUUUUAACAAAUUGACUGGUUUGUGCUCCAGGGUUUUGCUUAAGGUGUUUGAGCUGGAGCAUGGAGACCAUGCUAAUAUUGCGGCUGAGGUGUUCAAAUCAUUGACGCCGAUGAUUCUUCAGCAUAAAUCACAGGUUCGGAUAUUCGCGUUGAGUUUUGUGGGGAAUCAGAUGAUGAAUGUGGCUAGGAAUCUUCAGGGGGUGAAGAAAGCAAUGGUGAAUUUCCUGUGGUACUUGGUCCACAAGGCGCCGGAUAAGUCUGAGCCUAGGGCUUUGGCGGUCGAGUCUAUAAUGGAGAUUGUUAGAGUUAUGGAGGUUGAGGAGCAAGUUGGGUUUGUGGAGUAUGUGGUGAAGAUGACUCAAGGGAAGGCUAGGUUGAGGCUUUUGGCUGUUGACCUUAUUCUGGUGCUGGUUACUUCUUUGAGAGGUGUGAUGGGUCUGAAUUCGGAGAGUGAGGUUAGGGAUUCGUUGGGUUGGAAAUGCUUGGAGGCUUUGAUUCAGCGAUGUUCGGAUGCAAUGGCUGGGAUUCGUGCUCGUGGUUUGUCGAAUUUGUCACAGCUGGUUGGCUUCUUGUCAGGUGAUGAUAGGAGCCGGACUGUGUUGAAAGAGGUUAUGGGGUUUGGUGAUGAAAUGGAUGAAAGGCAGGAGGGUUGGAUGAAUGAGAUUUUGAGGGCAAGGUGUAUGGAUGAGAAGGCAGCUGUAAGGAAGGCUGCACUUCUUUUGGUUACCAAGUUGAUGGCUAUUCUUGGUAGUGGUUUUGAUAGAGCCUUGAUCAAGACUAUGGGCAUGGCUUGUUCUGAUCCACUUGUUAGCAUUCGCAAAGCGGCAAUUUCAGCUCUUUCAGUGGCUUUUAGAACAUUCCUGGAUAAUAGCGUGGCUAUUGAGUGGCUACAUUCUGUUCCAGCUUUAAUAAGUGAUAAUGAGUCUAGCAUUCAAGAAGAAUGUGAAAACUUGUUUGUAGAGCUUGUUCUAGAACGGGUUUCUACAGUUGGUUCUGAAAUCAAUACUGGCUCAGUACUUCCUGAAGGAGAAUUAGGCCUUCUGAAGGAGAUUUGCAAUGGAGAAGUGGCACCUUGGGUGAAGAAAAUUUGCACAAACUUGGGAAAGAAGAAUCGACUGAAGCACAAAUAUGCUACUGCACUUCAGAGUAUUAUAAGGACAUCUGAGUCUCUCUGGCUCAAUCAAUCCAUGCCUAUAGAGAAAUGGACAGCCCCACCAGGUUCUUGGUUUCUUCUGUCAGAGUUGUCAGCAUACCUUGCCAAAGCAGUUGAAUGGGAGUUUCUCCGUCAUCAUUGGCAGCUCUUUGACAAGCAUGGAGUGGGAGGGGAGAUUCAGAGUCCCCUUCCACAAGGGUGUGCACAUGAAGAGGGAGGGCGUUUACAAUCCAAUUCUGUUGCUUGGGCUGGGGAUCGUGUUUUUCUUUUACAGACUAUUUCUAAUGUUUCCAUUGAGCUGCCUUCUGAAGUUGGUGCAGAGUUAGCUCAUGACUUGCUUAGAAGAAUUCAAAAUUUUAACAUGCAUUCAACAGAGGUUAAUGCUCAUGUAAAAGCAUUCAGAACAUUGUGCAAGCGGAAGGUUCCAGAUCCGGAAGCGGCUGAUGCACUUGUUAAAAAAUGCGUACAUGAGAUUGCUUCAAAAGCUUCCAAUAUUUUAGGUAAUUAUAUAUCCAAGGAGUCAGAAACAACCAGAAAAGGUGGCUUCUUUACACCACCUAUUAGUGGGAGUAAAAUGGGCAAGAGAGCCAUAACGAUGUCCAAGUCUUUGUCAAAAGUAGUGACAGCAGUCUACACAAUUGGGUCUUUGGUUAUUAUUUGUCCAUCUGCUGAUAUGAGGGGCAUCAUUGAUCUACUAUAUACCGUCAUCACAUCUGGGAAUUCGGAUCCAAAAGUCAAUAAAGUAUCAAGCUCUACUAUCUCUCUGAAGCAUACAGCACCUUCUUUGUACAUUCAAGCAUGGUUGACUCUGGGGAAGAUUUGCCUUACAGAUGAAAAAACUGCAAAGAAGUAUAUUCCUCUCUUUGUGCAGGAACUUGAAAAGAGUGAUUGUGCAGCCCUUCGCAACAAUCUGGUAGUUGUGAUGGCAGAUUUUUGCAUUCGUCAUACUUCUUUGGUUGAUAGUUACAUACCAAGGAUCACAAAAUGCCUCCGUGAUCCAUGUGAACUUGUAAGAAGGCAGACAUUUAUACUUCUCUCAAGAUUGUUGCAGAGGGAUUAUGUGAAGUGGAGAGGAGUUCUUUUUCUUAGAUUUCUCUUGUCACUUGUUGAUGAGUCAGAAAAGAUAAAGCAGCUUGCCAAUUUUCUCUUCAGCAAUAUUUUGAAAGCUAAGGCGCCUCUUCUCGGAUACAAUAGUUUUGUAGAAGCAAUAUUUGUUCUAAAUGACUGCCGUGCCCACAAGGGACACGCUGGUGGUCAUGGUUCACGAGCAGAGAGCCGCCUUUUUUCCAUCAGGGGAAAUGAUGAAACUUCGAGGUCUAGAAGAAUGCAUAUAUAUGUUUCUUUGCUCAAACAAAUGGCUCCAGAGCACUUAUUGCAAACGUUUGUAAAGUUAUGUACGGAAAUCCUUGCGGCAGCAUCUGAUGGCAUGCUCAAUCUAGAUGAUAUUACUGGGCAGUCUGUUUUGCAGGAUGCUUUCCAAAUCAUUGCCUGCAAAGAAAUCAGAAUACCAUCCAAUCGUGGGUUAUCAUCUGAUGCUGGAGAUAUUGAUGAAGAAGGUGCUGAUAAUGGUGGAGCAGCUGCUAAGGGAAGGGCAAUAACUCAAGCACUCAAAAAGGGCCUCAUCCAAAGCACAAUACCCAUUUUUAUAGAACUGAAACGGCUAUUGGAAAGCAAAAACAGCCCCCUCAUAGGCUCCCUCAUGGAAUGCCUCCGCAUCAUCCUCAAGGAUUACAGAAAUGAGAUCGAAGAUAUAUUAGUUGCUGAUAAGCAGCUCCAGAAAGAGCUGAUAUAUGACAUGCAGAAGUACGAAAAGGCAAAGACCAAGUCUACUGCAGCUGAGACUGUAGCCACCCAUCAAAGAACAGUUAGCUUUCACUCUCCCGGCAUAUCCAAGAUAGCAAGCGUGAGACAGGCGCAUAACAAAUCCAUUGGCAGAUUGCAAGGCGACGUAAGAUUGGCUUCGGCAAUGGGAGAUGUAGCUGCUGAAGCCGUAGCAAGGUCAGUGCUCAAGGACAUGAACAAGGGUAGACAGACACCACCUCUCAGCGCUUUAAGCGUACCUAAACUCAAGACCUGCGAGGGAGGACAAACCUCUCGAAGUGGUGUGCCGUUAAAUGUAUUGGAAUCUGUAAGAAGACGACAGAAUUUUGACUUUGUUGAAGAGAACUAG